AUGGACGGCGCGAAGUCUGUGUGGCUGAUCACUGGGACGACCUCGGGGCUCGGGAAGCGACUUGUUGCAUCAGUGCUUGCUCGGGGAGACUAUGUUGUAGCGGCAGAGCGCCGUCUCAAUCGUCGCUCUCUCGAGUUGUCGCUUUCGGAGGACGAUCGGGGACGUCUGAGGUGGCUUGAACUGGACAUGGAUAGCGAUCUGCAGACAGUGCAGGGGAGGGUCGAUGAAGCGCUAGGUGUGUGGGGGCGCAUAGACGUGCUCGUGAACAAUGCAGGGAGUGCGCUACCUUCGACGUUGGAGGAGGGCGGCUCAGCCGCCGCUAUUGAACAAUUUCAGACGAAUGUCUUUGGAACCUUGAAUGUCACGAACUCCAUUUUGCCCCAUAUGCGCCAGCGCCGUUUUGGGACGAUUAUAUUUGUCGGAAGCCGCAUGGGGUGGAAGUGCGAUAUACCGGUCACGUUUGCAGAAACGUAUGCGGCUGAGCUCCGCCCGUUCGGCAUCCGGGUCCUCAUCGCCAUUCCGGGCGAGUUUCGCGUCGAGGGUGGGAUUGCGAAUUCUCCAUGUGUCUCGAGGCAGGACAUCCGUGACUACGACCAAGUCCGUGUUCGGGUGCUACCCGAGCUCGCAGCCAAGGCGGAGGUGAGGGGAGACCCGGUGAAGGGCAUGUCGCUCUUGGUAGACGCGGUGAAGGGGGAGGGAAAGGCACAAGGCAAAGAGUGGGCGGACUAUUUUGUCCUGGGACGCACGGCGUAUGCGACCGUGAGGGAGAAGUGCUGGCAUUUGCUCAAGUCGCUGGACGCCUGGCAGGAUGUGGCGGAGGAUUUGGAUUUUGAUCACGACGAAUGA